GUGAAGUUGACUAACACGUAUGUGUUAUUGCCAAGUUUUGAAUCCGUAGCUUGGGCAACCCACAAAUGACGCAAUAUACAAAGCUGUGUGUGAGUUGAAAGAUGAGGUCUUCCGGCUUGAUUUGAAGGUGAGCAGCGCAAAAGAGCUGUUAUUGAAGGUACUCUCCACUUCCCUUGGGAAGGGGACUAUGAAAGAAGUGUUGGAGAUACCUGAGACGAGCAAAGUUCAGCGCUCGCUUUCGUUCAACGGGGAGACCGAGAAGAAGGAUGACGUCUGUGUCGAGGAAAAGGAUGGUGAAGGGACGAAGGAUGACGUGGUUGUCGAGGAAAAGGAUGGUGAAGGGACGAAGGAUCAAUUGGAAGAGGAUGUUGAUGAUGUAGAGAGUGUCCCUUCACUUAAUCUAUCAGAAGAGAAGGUCGUUGUUCCAACUAAGGUGGUUGUUUCUGAUGAUUCGUUUGAGGUUAUGAACUUUUGGGGAGAAGAUCUCCCCGCUAUUGUAAAAGAGGAAGUUGAGCAGGCAGUGAAGGAUGAUUUUGAUGAUGCUGCGUUCGAAAGAUUCAAAGAAUCUGGAGGGAAGGUGAUUGGUCCGUUCACUGUGAAGAAGGGUUACUCAAAUCAACAGUACGAGUUGUUCCGUUACAUUUUCUCUAGCGCCAAUGAUCCGAGUGAAGUGUUAGCCCAUUUUGGGAAGGUUGAGGUCGAGCGGAUGUAUUUCAAAUGCAUGAAACCGGAGACCGAUAUAUCACACAGUCUCAUUGAUUGCUUUGCUCAAAUCAUGAAUUUUCGAGAGAAGAAGCGCAACGGCAUUGGAAGUAAGAGAACUUGGUUUAUGCCCACCAGAAUUUCGAGCAAGUUACUUGGAAGAUCGAUGACUGUGGAGAGGAUGGCGAAGCAGCAAGAGUGGUCCACUCUUUAUUACGAUGCAGAUUUGAGUUUAUGUCACACUAUGGUGGUACCCCUACUGGAUACCGAGAGUGCUCCGCACUGGUUUGCGGCGAAUGUGAGCAUGGUUAAUACAACAGUGGAAAUUAGGGACUCGUUGUCUUCUGCAAUGCAUAAGAGGUCACGUCGGAGCACCUGCGUAGAGAUGCUCCAGACUUUGGACCAAUUGUUUGCCCCUGUCAAGCCAGCAGACCUGAAUUUCAGCGAGUUUGUAAUUAUUUCUUCAAGCAAGGACUACCCACAACAACAAAAUGGCCACGAUUGUGGAAUGUUUGUAAUGAAGUACAUGGAAUCACUGUUCGAGGAAAAUGAAAUAUUGGAAGAGUUUGAUCCUAUUGAAGCGAGACUGGAUUGUGUUGGGAAAAUUGUCACCCACGAGAGUAACAAGGCUAAACAUGCUGUGAUGGAGGGAGUUAAGAAGCAAUUUGGAUUGAGCAAAACCAAAGUUCUUCCAUCAACAUCUACAACUAUAGCAUUACGUAGUCCAUCAAGGUCUCCUCGAGACCCCCGAUUCAGCACAGCGAAGGCCAGGUCCGAAAACAUGUGGACUGGCAAGAGCAAGUCCCCGAAAACACGUCAUUCUAAAAGGCUGGCCAUAAGUAACAAGUAGUAUAUUACAAUGGUUCGAAAAGUUACUUUAUUUAUAUAUUUACUAUGUUCAGUACAAUGGUUACAAAAGUUAGGUUUUAGGUCGUAAAUUAUAUUUACUCAGUCAUGUUAUAUACUUGCAUCAUACUACUGUUAGGUGAUUUGGAAUUGCACUAAUGUUGGUGAUUUUAUAAUUUACUAUAGGGUGAGACUUGUGGUAGUUUUUAGAAUUUGGUGGAACUGAUUAUUAUUAUUGUAUGGUCAUUAUUACUAUUAUUGUGAAUAUUAUUUAGGUUGUUAUACUUUGCCAUUACUAUUAGGUUUUGGAUCUUUUUUUACCAUAACAAUAUGUCAAGUACAUUAUUCUGAAAAUGAAACUAACCAAUUUUACAUUCCUUUUCGCACUAUCUGUUUUAGUCCAAUGAUGUCCAUAGCCAAAAUAAUAAUAAUACUUAUACUUAUGUACUUUCCCAUUACUAUUGUGAAUAUUAUUACUGUUGUUAUAUUUUGCCAGUACUAUUAGGUUUUGGAUAGUGAAGUACAUUAUUUUCAAAAUGAAAUUGUUUACUCCAAUUAUGUCCAAAAUAAUAAAAAUACCUACAAUCAACAACGAAGGCAUUAAUUCUGGCCUUGGACAUAAAUU